ACUGAUACCCCCCUCCUUCCCCCCACUGGAUUUUGGUCGACAACAUCAUUUGGAAGUGGGAAGGAUUAGAGAAUACUAGAUUUAAAGACUGCAUCUUUAGUCACCGCCUCACUAUAAAGCGCCGUCAUGGUACACAGAGUAGCAGUGAUCGGGGCCGGACCCGCUGGUCUGACCAGCAUUAAGGCCUGUCUGGAGGAGGGCAUGGUGCCGACCUGCUUUGAAAGCAGCGAUGACAUGGGAGGACUGUGGAAGUUCAAAGAAGUGUCUGAGCCAAACAGGGCCAGCAUCUACCGUUCCCUCACUAUCAACAUCUCCAAGGAAAUGAUGUGCUACAGUGACUUCCCCAUUCCUGCUGAUUACCCCAACUACAUGCACCACUCUAAAAUCCUGCAAUACUUCAGAAUGUAUGCAGAACACUUUAAACUGCUGAGACACAUUCGCUUCCAGACCUCAGUGAAGAAUGUCAGUCAAAGAGCGGACUUUUCUCGCACUGGUCAGUGGGAAGUGGUGACAGAGAAUAAAAAUGGACAGGAGGAAAGGCAUGUCUUUGAUGCAGUAAUCUGCUGCUCUGGUCACUACACCUACCCUAACUUGCCGUUGAAAGACUUCCCAGGUAUUGAGACAUUUGAAGGAAAAUACUUCCACAGCUGGGACUACAAGGGGGCUGAAGACAUGUUUGGCAAAAGGGUGGUGGUCAUCGGCAUCGGUAAUUCAGGAGGUGACAUCGCUGUGGAGAGCAGCAGAGUGGCAAAGGAGGUGCAUCUGAGCACUCGUCGUGGUGCCUGGGUCAUACGUCAGGUUUCUGAAGAAGGCCUGCCAGUGGACAUGAAGUACAACACACGCUUUGUCCACAUCCUCUUCCAGCUGUUGCCUGUCAACCUUAUAAACUGGCUGGGUGAGAAGAAAGUCAACGCCAUGUAUGACCACACCAUGUAUGCCCUCAAACCCACACACAGACUCUUCUCUCAGAUCCCAGUGAUCAACGAUGAUCUGCCUUUUAAGAUUCUGUCUGGGUCGGUCAUUGUCAAACCAAAUGUGAAGGAGAUCCGUGGCUCCACCGUGGUGUAUGAUGAUGGCAGUGCUUUGGAAAACGUUGAUACGAUUGUGUUCGCCACAGGUUACAGCUAUGAUUUUCCUUACUUGCCGAGUAGUGCUAUGUACAAGUCCGGGCACCGCCUGGGUCUGUACAAGCACAUCUUUUCUCCCAACCUGGAGCAUCCCACUCUGGCUGUCGUGGGUUUCAUCCAUGCCCUCGGAGCGAUCAUGCCCCAGGCUGAAAUGCAGGCCCGCUUCGUCGCACGCGUCUUCAAAGGAAAUAAAAAGCUGCCCUCAAACCAGGCCAUGAUAAAGGCUAUUGAGAAUGACACCAAGGAUAUCAACAAAAACUACAAUGUGUCAAAGUUGACGCCUCUGCAAGUGGACUUUGUUUCCUACAUGGAUGAGAUGGCCGGAGAGAUCGGGGUGCGACCAAGUCUCCUCUGGCUCUUCUUCACAGACUACCCCAUGUUUAAGAAGGUUCUGUGGGGACCUGUCACAUCCUACCAGUACCGCUUGAUGGGACCAGGGAAAUGGGAGGGAGCUCGCAGAGCAAUCUUCACCCAGUUUGACCGCAUGUUCCAGCCCCUAAAAACUAGAAAGGUGGAGGAAAAAGAGGCCUCCAUCGCUGGCCCCCUGAUUAAGCUGAGCCUGACCGCCAUGGCUGGAGGAGCUGCUGCCUACUACGUCCAUGUGCGCAACCCGGCCGCCUUCCCCGCCCUGCUGUGCAAGCUCCGUCCACAAACAGUCUAAACAUGCUGCAUCAAACAAUGUAAAACAUGCAAACCAAAUACUAUAUUUGUUUCUAUAUGCCUUUAGAAAUAUGGGAAUGAUUAUUGGAGUCACUGUCACUGUAUCUAUAUAUUUAGUAGACUUAAAUGCUUAAGCUUUUUCCUUAAAAACAAAGUGAUGUUUAUGUGCAAUUAUUUUACAUCGACACAAUAUGGAAAUGUAACUGGUUCACAUCGUGUAUCAACACAAUUGUAAACAUAGAACAAAAAUGUUCACUGCUAAUGAUUGCUGUCAGCAUUUCCCUACAAUAACCAUUAUUUUCAGAAACCCAGCCAAUAUUGAAAAAUCCAUACUGACUUAAAGUAUAAGAAUGUUGUAUUUGUACUAUGUUGUUUAUCCUGUACACACGGCAUCUAUUGCACGUCUGUCCGUCCUGGGAGAGGGGUCCCUCCUCAGUUGCUGAGGUUUCUUCCAUUUUUCCCCCUUUAAUUAUGGG